AUGAAUAUGAGCCGAGAUGCAUUUGAAGAAGCCUUUAUAAAGAAUUUAAUAUCAGUUGGAUUAGGUCUAAUUAUAACCUACAUCAAUGGUAUUUUUGUGUUUGCCUUUUUUAGCACUCCAAUUUUCUACAGUGACCCAAGAUAUAUUUUAUAUGUUCACCUUGUCAUCAAUGACAUAAUGAUGCUUUUCAUAUCAGUUGCUCUGCAAGUUAUGUCUUACACUGUACCACUUGUCAAUGUCACAGUGUGUUGUUUUCUGCUUCUGUUGGCCUCAACAACCUCAAACAACUCUGCAGUGAAUCUGGCUGGAAUGGCCUUGGAACGAUACAUUGCCAUCUGCAAACCUCUGCAUCAUGUUCAGCUGUGCACAGUGAAAAGGACGUACAUCUGCAUUAGCUUUAUAUGGCUGUUUUCUAUUGUGCCUGUGAUAACAGAUAUCAUCAUUACCUUACUGAAUCAACCCAUCAGGUUUUUCUUUACAUCAAUUAUGUGCUAUCACAAGAACCUUUUUGACUCCAAUGACCACCUGAUCAAAACAGCCUUUAUACAGGCACUGUAUUUGUUAAGUGUGUGGAUGACACUCAUCUUUACUUAUGUUAAGGUUCUUCAGGCAGCUAAUGCUGCAACUACUGAUCAGGUUAUGGCCAGAAAAACUCGGAACACUAUUCUUCUCCAUGGCAUACAGCUCCUUCUCUGUAUGCUUGCUUAUGUCACACCAUUUAUAAACAAUUUUUUGUUGGCAUUGUUCCCUAAAUAUAAAAGUACAUUUAUGUUUAUCACCUAUCUAUUGUCUCAUAUAUUUCCAAGACUACUAAGUCCACUUAUUUAUGGAGUCCGUGAUCAAAAAAUGUUUAAAUGUGUGAGUAAAUAUUUGGCAUGUAGUCAGUUUAGCACACAGGUUGGACCUAUGGACAAGGAACCAAAAUCUUAG